AUGACCGCACCGCAGAUAAUAUCGUCCUCGACGCACCAGUCGUCCGGCUCGAACGGCAUGGUCGGGACGCACUACAAGGUUGGCAAGAAGAUCGGCGAGGGCUCGUUCGGCGUCGUCUUCGAAGGCACGAACACGCUGACCAACCAGCCGGUGGCGAUCAAAUUUGAACCCCGCAAGUCCGACGCGCCCCAGCUGCGCGACGAGUACCGCUCCUACCGCACCCUUAACGGCACCGUCGGUGUCCCGCACGUGCACUACUUCGGCCAGGAGGGCUUGCACAAUGUCCUCGUCAUCGACCUCCUCGGCCCCAACCUCGAAGACCUCUUCGACAUGUGCGGUCGCAAGUUCACGAUCAAGACCGUCUGCAUGGCCGCGAAGCAGAUGAUCACUCGUGUCCAAUCCAUACACGACAAGUCGUUGAUCUACCGCGACAUCAAGCCCGACAACUUCUUGAUCGGUGUCCCGACCACCAAGAACGCCAACCUCAUCCACAUCAUCGAUUUCGGCAUGGCGAAACACUAUCGGGACCCGAAAACGAAGGUCCACAUACCGUAUCGGGAACGCAAGUCGCUGUCGGGCACGGCCCGCUACAUGUCGAUCAACACCCAUCUCGGGCGUGAGCAGUCUCGCCGCGAUGACCUCGAAUCCCUCGGCCACGUCUUCAUGUACUUCCUCCGCGGCGGACUGCCGUGGCAGGGUCUCCGUGCGCAGACGAACAAGCAAAAGUACGAGAAGAUUGGCGAGAAGAAGCAGACGACGCCGAUUGAAGAGCUGUGCGAGGGCUUCCCUGAGGAGUUCGCGAUCUACAUGAACUACGUCCGCAAGCUUGGCUUCGAGGAGAACCCGGACUAUGACUUUCUCCGCGAGCUGUUCACGAAGGUCAUCAAGACCCUUGGCGAGAUUGAAGACGGCAUGUACGACUGGAUGCUCCUUAACGGCGGCAAAGGCUGGGAAUUUAGCAGCGUGAGUUCCCCUCCUUGCACCGUGCCGUGCGUCCGCACUGAACCACAUUCCAUCAGUCCCACCCAUCCUCUACCCCGCACACGCCGCGCGCGGAGCGCAAGGAGCGCGAGCACGGCCGCCGGCAGUCGCGCCAACAUCUGCAGGACGCCUCCGGCGCCCAGUCGUCCCCGCUCGUGCUCAGCCCGACGCCCGCGCGGCUCAAGGACUCGGGCCGGCGCAACACCGGCGGCGAUUCGCGCGCCAACUCGCGCGACCUGA